AUGCCACCCCAAAGCCCCCCAGAUGAAGUCUACCCCCCCUUACUCGGCCACCGCGCAAGCACUCCAACCAGCAGCACCAGCAAACCCACCCUCCCCCCAAAGUCCGCCCCCCUAAACCUAAAAAUCGCCGCAGCAAUGUUCUCCUUCACCACACUCGGCCUCUUCAACUCCUCCACGGGCGUCACCCUCCCCCUAAUCUCCCACCACUACACCCUCACCGACCUCCACGUAUCACUAAUCUUCGUCGCGGGACCGCUGGGCUACAUCGCCGCCGCGCAACUAAGCAGUGCAAUGCACCACCAAUUCGGGCAGCGCGGGAUCGCGGUCCUAGGGCCUUUGCUGCAGAUACUCGCCGCGGGGCUGAUUGGGGCGCAUCUUCGUUUCGGCGUCGUGCUGCUGGGCUUUGCGGUGCAGGGUCUGGGUUCGGGACUCCUUGAUGGGUCGUGGUGCGCGUGGGCGGGCACGAUGGAGAGGGCGAAUACGGUGUCGGGAUUGCUGCAUGGGGCGUAUUCUGCGGGUGCGGCGGUCGGUCCGUUGAUUGUUACGCUUUUGACUGCUCGACGGCGCGCGUGGUUCGAGUGGUACUAUGUGCUUGCCGGCAUUUCCCUACUAUCCCUCACAUCCCUAACCACAGCAUUCAGACACCAGAGCGCAGUUGUGUACCACCACUCCCGCCCCUCUGCCACCUCACACAGCACAAAAGCACUCCUCACGCACCCCGCCACCUGGCUCUGCGCAGCCUACUUCCUCGCUGACGUGGGCGUCGAAACCGCGAUCUCGGGCUGGGUCGUAUCCUUCAUGCAGCGCAGCCGGCACGCCUCGCCUUACCUCUCCGGCCUGACGUCCUCGGGCUUCUGGACCGGCAUGGCGAUCGGGCGUCUCAGCCUGGGUCCCGCAACGGAUAGGAUCGGAGUGCGGCGCGCUACGAUCUUAUAUUUCGCAUGCGCAAUUGCGAUUCAAGGCGUGUUUGUUGUGGUGCGGGGGCCCGUUGUGUCGCUUGUGCUUAUGAGCGUGUUGGGGGUUGUUAUGGGCCCGUUGUUCCCGUCUGGGGUGGUGGUUUUGACGCAGGUGUUGCCGCGGGAGAUGCAUGUUGCGGGUGUGUCGUUUGUGGCGUCUGUGGGGCAGGUUGGGGGCGGGUUGUUGCCGUUUGGGAUUGGGGCUGUUGUGGAGGGGUGGGGGAUUGGGGUGUUUCGGUAUGCGGUUCUUGGGCUGUUGGUGGUGGGGUUGGGGGUUUGGUGUGUGUUUGCAAGGGUGGGACGGAGAGUGAGUCCGGGGGUGGGUGGUGAUUGA